AUGUCAUUGAUAAAAAUAUUUGAAGAUUUACCCAAGAAUAUUGAUAUUUCUAAAUAUUUACAAAAUGAUGGACAUAAAAUCAUUGCCACUACAAAAGUGAAAGAUAGUAUUUCAAAUACAUCUGAAUAUUCUGAAGCAAGUACUAAUUUACAAUAUAAUCUGUCAACCAGCGACACUUCUUCAGUAUUAAGAGUGACAGAUAAUAUGCUUACAAGUUCAUUAGUUACCAGAAUAAAAAGAAAAACUUUUAUUGGAGACUUUAAUGAAAAUGAUUUAGAUAGUCCUAGAAAAAGAAAAAAUAUUGAAUUACCUCACAGAGAACAUUUAAUAAGUACAAGCGUAGAAUAAAGAGUCUAGAAAAUCGAAAUCAGUACCUGAGAAAUAAAAUGAAAAAUAUUGAGCAGUUGGAUUGACAGAAAACUAACAACAUUUCUGAUGAAUAUAACUCAAUGUUAAAGGUAUUAUUUCCUAAAUACGAUUAAUAAUAUUAUAUUAUUAUGUUAUGUGGUAAUUUAGUUGUAUAUCAGUAUAUGUAUUUUUUAAUGUAAUGUAUCAUGUUGUUCUAUGUUUAGUGUUUACUGAGUUAAUAUUGAUAGUUAAAUAAAUUUUAUUUUAACCAACAUUUUUGAAUUUGCACUUAGUAUGUGCUUUAAAUGUAAAUAUGAUUUAACUU